AAAAUACCCCUCCCUCGCUGACGUGGACCAGUAUGACCUUCCAAGCGAGGGAAACGAAAGAUCAGACAGCCAUGCUCAACCUGAGCACGUGUCCUAUUUCUCCACCAUUGCAGCCGCUGCUUCCGCCGCUGCUAACCAGAACACCACUUUUGAUUUCGCUCCGCCACCUCUCCUCCCUAUGAUAGCGGAUCCAUUGGUCGGUUCAGACAGCCAUGCUCAACCUGAGCACGUGUCCUGUUUCUCCACCAUUGCAGCCGCUGCUAACCAGAACACCACUUUUGAUUUCGCUCCGCCACCUCUCCUCCCUAUGACAGCGGAUCCAUUUGGUCGGUUCCCAAGAAACAUGGGUGUCUCAGCUUUCCCUAGUUUGAGGUCUCUGCAAGAGAAUCUUCAGUUACCUUUCUCUUUCUCUUCUCCAUCCCCAGUUGUGGCUGCUGCGCCAUUUAAUGGAGGUGGUACCACUACUGGCAUGAAUUGGAUGGCAACAGGUUCGGAGGAGGGUGGUGCUACCAACGUUGGUGCUGCUAAUGGUGGUUCCAGUGGUGGUGGAAGGGUGGCGAUGGGUCCCACCAAGCUUGACUGCAUGUGGACCUACUAAUCAGUCUUUUAAUUGAAAUUAUUAAUGUAUUUACUGUGUUAAUUACUUGUGUUUUGUUAUUAUCUUAUGUAAUGUCUCUUUUAAGACUA